GCCAAAUGAUUAUCAGCAGGCAAGUAUGGCUGGACCCAACUUAUUCCUCUUAAACUUGUGUAAUUUGCACACUCAGCCUCUCCUCACACACGACUUGCCCACUACUAGAUUUCCUGACAUGAGUGACUCCACCCCUCUCCUUGCUGAUGUGGAAGGUGUCGAUUCGCAAGGAUCCAGUCUCAAGACCGCCGAUGCGACCUCCCAGACCGGCAAACCCGCGUUUAAGUUCGAUGCCAGGACGGUCCUGAUACUGGCGUCUCUCGUCGUGGUCGAAGUCAUCUGGACGUUGUUCAUCGUAAUGAUGGCCGCUGCAAGCUGCCCCAAUAUCCUUAUGAUAUUGAGCGUCAUUCUCUCGGUGCCUACCGCUCUGUUCUUGGGUCUGCUUUUAUACGCUGGACGCCGGCAUCCUAUCGCGACACAACUCAAUCAGGGUCCAUUCUCUUUAUCUUUGAGACGGAACAUCGACCAAAUUUACGUCCUGGUCUUUUUCGGGUCGUUCUGGCUGGUCCUGGCGAUUGUCAUGUCAAUAUUCUGGGUUCCGUUUAGCGUUCCGCUCUUUGCCAUCGUAGCUCUGUUGUACGGCGCUGCCUUCGCAACUUACAAACGGGCUAUCAAGCUGCACGGACGUGAUGUUGAGGUUGUGAAGAUUGUUCAUGUCACAGUCUCCAAGUGGAAGAUCGCAGAUGUGGGCGGCUACGAGGAGGGCAUGAUCCAGAUUUGAGCGCACGUGAUCGCGUUUCCGACGUGACGGACUCGGAUAGGUGACCAACAACCUCAUCCAGUCUCCAGUGUCUCUCGCUCUUCCUAUAAAUCUGUUGUACAAGCAAUUUAUGCUUUACCGCUUCAAAUUCCCUCAGAAAUCUUCUGUAAUCGACCCCACUCGAGCAGCACCGCGGCGAAAUAGCAGUCGUUCUGCCUAUCGGUCAGCACCCGCUGCGCAAAGAGCAUUCCGUUCGCCUGAAUCUGGCGUGCUUCUUUAUCAUGUGCCCGUGCCCACUCGACCUUCUCCACCAGAUCCGACAAGUCAAUCUUCACGGGGAUGUAGUGCUCAUAGGGACGCAGCCAGUCGCUGAAGUAUUCAGUGAAUGCGGUCGCCUGGGGGUCCGGUCAGCCCAUUGCCGCCCUAUGUGUAGAGGUUAUGC